CAAAAAUUUUGGCUGCACUAACAGUUGCCAGCCUCUCUUGAAGUACCAUGACUACAUCGACUGCUGUUAGCAUUCUUGUAAUGACGUUAGACGUACCGGUAUGUACAUUUCCCAGUCCACCGGAUUUGGGUGCUUGCUCUGCUGUAAGCUCGAAACAACAUCAUCUCACCGAUGCUUUUGGCAGCUGCCAUAUCGUUGCUCAGCACCCCAUGUGUUGCAAAGCUUGGCAGCGGCAGUGGACGAGGACGAGAGAGAAAAGAUUCCACACAUAGGUUCAGAAACAAACGUCGGUGGGGAUAGUGGCCAUACACCAGGUGUAACGUCAAAAGGCGAAUAACCCCUGCGCAAGCCACUCAUCCUGACGAAUAUGAGGCGAUUGGGAACGGUUGGAAUGGAGUUGUUCUUGUUAGGCC